AUGCACGUCUUUUCCACCCUUUUCCCGGUCCUGGGAUUCUCGGCGCAGCUUGCUACUGCAGCCUACACUCUGAGGGAUGACUAUGGGCCUUCAUUCUUUGAUAAAUUUACCUUCUUCACGGCGCCGGACCCUACCAAUGGUUUCGUCAAGUAUGUAGACCGUCAAACCGCCCAAAACAGCGGUCUGAUCUCUACGGAUGGGUCUAUCCGCAUGGGCGUAGACUCUACCAACGUCGCUCCCGGCGGCCGUCAGAGCGUGCGCAUUACCAGCAACCAGGCCUACGAUCGUGGUCUGUUUAUUUUGGAUCUCGACCACAUGCCUGGCGGCAUCUGUGGUACCUGGCCUGCCUUCUGGCUUGUCGGUCCCAACUGGCCCAACAACGGCGAGGUCGAUAUCAUCGAAGGUGUCAAUGAUCAGAGCAAAAACAAGAUGGCCCUCCACACCAGUGAUGGCUGCAAAAUUGACAAUACCGGCUUCUCUGGCUCCCUGACUACUAGCAACUGUUUCAUUUCGGCUCCAGGCCAAGAUGCCAAUGCGGGUUGCGGCAUUGAAGCUCCUAGUCCCCAGUCUUACGGCACUGGUUUCAAUGGCAACGGCGGCGGUGUCUUUGCCACCGAAAUAACGGGUAGCGCCAUCAGUAUCUGGUUCUUCCCUCACGGUCGUGUCCCGGGAGAUAUCGGCAGUGGGAACCCUAACCCGUCGUCCUGGGGCACCCCCGAUGGACGGUUUGCCGGUGCAUGCGACAUCAACGCUCAUUUCAAAGGACUGCAAAUUGUCUUCGAUACAACAUUCUGUGGCGACUGGGCCGGCGGUGUCUGGGGUAGCAGUGGCUGCGCCUCUAAGGCAGGUUCUUGCCAGGACUUUGUCGCCAACAACCCAUCCGCCUUCACAGACGCAUUUUGGAAGAUCAACUCCCUCAAGGUGUACCAGUCCAACAAUGCCGCAAACGUGCUGCAGCAGACAUCCCCAGGCAGCGUUCACAUCCCUUCGUCCACUCCGAGCAGUACCCCCACUACCACUACUUCGUAUGUCAAAAGACAUCAUCAAGGUCGACAUGCUCACAUUAUGUAA